AUGGAAGGCCUUCCUUGUUUACCAGGAUUUUCAUUUCAAGAUCCAACACAAAGUAACUUUCAUGUCAGUCACACGCUUGAUGUAAAAAAUGGUCAUCGCGUAACUAAAUGGCCCCAAGUAGGAUUAGGUGGUACACGUAUUAAUUACAAUCAAAUAAGUGAAGACGAAUUGGAACUUCUUCGAAAUUAUAAACCAGAACUCGUCUAUGGUAAAAAUGUUGUUGGAGUACCUGAUAAAUUUGUUCCAGCUACAUUAGCAUUUGAUAAAAAAGUCUUACGAUUCUUCGGAUAUUUCAAACAAACAGUACCAGAAAGUCCAAAUGAAUAUUAUCGUGUACGACCAGUUAAAAUAUUCUAUUACCUUGAAGAUGAUAGUUUAGAAAUUAUCGAAGAAGUUCAAGAAAAUAGUGGUAUUCCACAAGGAAAAUUAAUUCGUCGUCAUCGUUUUCCAAAGAAUGAUCAAGGUGAAACAUAUAAUUUUCGUGAUAUUAACCUUGGACAAAAUUUAGCUGUCUAUGGAAAAGUAUUUCGUGUCUGUGAUUGUGAUGCGUUUACUCGAGAAUGGCUUGAAAGUGAAGGUAUUCAUGUACAUGAACCUGAAUUAAUACCACGUGAUCCAUAUUUAACAAAACGAAAUCAAGCAGCUGAACUAAAAAAAUAUACAACAAAAAAUGAUUUUGAUAAACUUAAACAAUAUGUUGAAAUGGAUCGAAAAGUUUUACGUUUUUAUGCUGUAUGGGAUGAUCGAUCACAAAUGUUUGGUGAAAAACGAGAAUUUAUCAUUCAGUACUAUUUAGUUAAUGAUACAAUGGAAAUACGAGAAGUACAUAAAGCAAAUGAUGGUCGAGAUCCAUUUCCUAUUCUUAUUACUCGUCAUAAAAUUCCAAAAGAUCGUUAUGAUGUUAAAGGUACAUUUCCACAUGUUUUUCUUGAAUUAACUGAUACAGAAGUAAGUAAUUAUUUUAAACCAUCGGAUUUAAUGGUUGGAAAAACUGUCAAUAUUUACGGACGAAACUUUUUCUUAUAUGAUUGUGAUAUGUUUACAAAAACAUUUUAUACAAAAAAUUUUGGUGUUACUAAUUUUGAAAAAACUGAUAUUCAAGAGAAACGUAACUUCCAUCCGAAUAUGGAAAUUCCUCCAUACAAUGGAUUUGGUACAUUAGAAGAUUCAUUACAAAAUUGUUUACGUCUUCAACCUGAUCGACCAAAGAAAGAUUAUGUUAAAUUAAUGGAAAAUGAUCAUAAAGUACUUCGUUAUGACGCUGUUUUAGACAGUCCUCGUGAAAAUGAUAAAUUACGUAGAUUUAUUAUUAGUUAUCGUCUUGGUGAUGAUACAAUUACUAUUCAUGAACCACCUCAACGCAAUACAGGUAUUAUUGGUGGUCGAUUUCUCGAACCAACACGAGUAUCAAAACCAGGUUCGUCGACUGAAUAUCCUCAAUAUUAUGGUCCAUCUGAUUUUUAUAUUGGUGCCAAUAUCGAAGUAUUUCGUCAACGUUUUAUAAUUCGUUCAGCUGAUCUUUUCGUAUUGAAAUAUGCUGAAGAACAUCCUGAACAAUUUACACCUGCUGUUGUUGAAUCAUUACGACAACAUUUAAGUAAUGAACCAGGUCGACCCGAUGCUCGUCUCAGUACAAAUGUUCAUGUUCAACGUCGACCAGGUGAUUUCAUACGUUUAUAUGCUGAAAUACGUAAUAAAUUAAAAGCUUUACGUAUAACAAAUCAUGAACAAAUUCGACAAAUGUUUUUACGUUACGAUAAAGAUCGAAAUGGCUAUGUAGCUCGAGAUAAUAUUGUAGAUUUAUUCCGACAAAUUAAUUUACCACUGGAAAAUGAUAUUAUUGAUGCGAUGAUUGCUGAAUGUACAACAAACAGUGAAGGAAAAAUCAAUUUAUAUGAUUUUUUACGAUUUUUUGAUACUUAA